AUGGCCGUGGUGCAUGUCAUCCAGCAGAUCGGCGACGGCGCGACGCCAGUUCUCCCCAACCCUCACUUCUCUGUAACUCUUCCACGAAUUGUGUUAUCUGGGAGCAACAGACAACCUGUUGAAGAUACUCGGGGACGGCGGCCAGCUCGCACACAACCUUCAAUGACGCAGGUGCGGCACUGGGAGGAGGAAGGCGUUGGAUUAUGCAGGGACGACAUCGGAGAAGGACUGCAAGGUCAGGAGGAUCCGCGAUCUGAGGCCUACCAUGCUCGUUGCCUCUCAAGUCUCAAUGUCCACCUCUUUAAGGAGAACAUGAGCAAGGGAGAAAAUCAGCGGCUACAUCCUAGGAAAGGAAAGAGAGCGGGAGAGAUGAAGGGGAUUGACGUCCAUGCAUAUGUUUCCUUUUCCUGCAUUAGAAUAACUAUUUGGAUCAUGGCCCCCUAUAUAGCUGCGACGACAUCCUCCCGAACUCCCGAAUCAUCACGGAAAAGAAAAGAAAAACACCCCUGCCCUGACCCGCUUCCACAACUCUCCCGCAACCUCUCCUCCCCCGAGCGCCUCAUCCCACCGCCGCCCUCAGAUCCCGCCGCCGCACACGCCCUCCCCGGAACCCGCGGCCGCGCGCGCCCUCGCUGGAACCCCCGCCGCCGCGAGCCCCCUGCCGUCGUGCGCCCUCCCCGGACGCCCCGCCGCAGCCCGCCCUCCCCGGACCCCCGCGCCACCGUGCCACCACCGGGAUCCAAUCGCCAACGAGAGCCUCUCCGCGACCCCCCGCCCAGUUGUGGUCGUCGCCAGAUGCCUCGCUGCCGUCGAACGCCGUCUUCCUUCGGGCAGCCACGCACCGUCCGAGCACCGCCGUGCCUUCUCGCACCAGUCUCCUCCUGCCAUGCCCUUGCAGGAAGCUUGUGUCGCCGCAAGAAGUUCAAAUGCCAUAGCAGUGGCCGGACAGAUUUGAUACAUGGUGCUCCCUCCCACAAAGUGGCUGUUGCUAGACGAGGAAUCAAACUCGCCUCCGCUGCUACCAACCCCACCACUGUUGGAGAGGAGAGGAGGAAUGCAAGCAUGAUUGAGCUGGGAUACCCGAGCCAAGGGGAGGAUGCAUAACAUGGCAGCUACUAGAAUGGCAGGAGCUGGUUGAUCGUCGGGACUUGGAAUGGAGGUUGACCAUCAUGGAUCGAUGGUGGAUCACGCCGGCCGGUCGGCAUGCAUGCAUGCAUGCAUGCAUUUUCUUCUUUUUCAAAUUCAGAUUCUGAGGUCGAGGAAGCCGGUCUGGCGGAGCACGGCGUUGCAGACGCGGACUCCUCUGCCUUCUUGGCUUCAUGCUCCGUGUUCUCACCGGCCGCCUGGCCCGGUAAUUUUAUUGUAUUUUUAUUGGCUUCUUGGCUGUGAAUUGACCAAAAUAUGACCUGAGUUGGCAUGCCAUGAUCUAACGCAAGCACGACACUGGCCCAAUCUGGUCAACAAAAGCAAACUUGGAUCAGUGAUGCUUGCAAGUUGAGGCUACAACAUAUCAGUACACUUAAAAGUAAGCCAAAGAGAACAUCUAGUAGAACUGAUCUUUGUAUAGUCUGUAGAUGUUGCAGAAAGAAUUAUGCCCAGCAAGUGAAGCUUUCUUCCCGGUCGUCUUUGGUUUAGACUGGCACAGCUGUUUCACUUUUGUCAGGUCGACAAGGAUGCAAAUGAUGUACUAUGAGAGAAGAAAGCCGCAUUCGCCACAACCCAGUCUGAUGAAGAAGAAGAAACUGAUGAAAUGGUGUGCCACGAACAGGUUGCCCGAAAAAUAGUGUCGAUGCUGAAUAAAAGUUGUCACCUGCAGUACCCUUGGCAGUAUGUCUUACUGUAUUUUCCAGCCUUGUUGCAGAUAGUGGAGUUGGUAAAACGAAGCAAUGCCGUCAAGGUUCCACAUUGUUUCGACAACAGGCUUUACCUCAUCUCUUCCCUUGACUUUUUCCUUCCCUAGCGCCCCAAGUCAUUAUCCAAAGAAACUGAAUGAAGUACUUGCAAGCUUGCACUGCUGACUACGCAUGCG